AUGACUAUAAGAUACCAAAACGCUACUCUAACUAGCGUUCAACAAGCUAUCUUGUAUGCAUCCAAACGUGGGAUGCCCUUACCCUUUGAAUUCGAGGGGAAGGGGGUGGUGUUGUUGCAAGAUUUUGCUGUAAAUCCAUUUGUAAACAAGAAGCGGAAGAAAAAGUAUAUCAACGAGCCAACGUCGGUCCUGGAUAGCAUCAACACCAUUCCAAGUCCACCGGCUUCUACUUCAACCCUGUCGUCUUCUCUCGGCGGUGGCGACACAGCCGGCGUGGCGGCCUUUUCUUCUAAAUGGCCACCGCCGGAAAAUCAAGAAACGAGUACCUCCAAUGCCGGAGUUGUUGAUGUUCAUCAGUUUCAGCAACCGUCUCUUGACGAGAAAUGUGUAGGGAUGGUGGAUUGGGAGACCGGAGAGUCCGGCCAAGAUCAGGCGAUGCUCCGGUGGAUCAUGGGAGAUGUGGAAGAUCCGUCUAUGGGUUUGAACAAAGUGCUUCAUGGCAACGGCGGCGGUGGUGGUGGUGGUGCUGUGGACUUUGAAUUUAACGGUGGGUUUGGUGUUGUAGAUCAAGGUUUUUCUAUAGGGCUUGAUUCCGGUAACCAAAUCGUAAACUUGUCCCAAAUCUCGAACAAAUUCACCAAUGACAAAACUGGUUUAUCCACAAACCCUCAACUACCGCCGUCGCCGCCGCAGGCGAUGUUCAGCAACCACCACCACCACCACCACUCUCAAAACCAGAUCUUUUCACCAUUAAACGAACCCCAAAUGCUCCCAUUUGAUAUAAAGCCACAGAUGUUCAACCCCCAGUUAUUAAUCAACCAAUCUCAGCCAUUUGAACACCAACUUCUGAUGCCACCACAACCCAAAAGACACAACCCAGGAAGCAUAGAAAUACCCAAGAACCCGUUUCUUGAUUCGGGUCAAAACCCGCUUCAAUUGCUUCAAAAGUCGCCGUCAAUGAAGAAAAUGGCAGCCAUUAAUGAAGUUGGGUUAGGAAACCAAAACCACCAUCAUCACCAGCAGCAAGGGAUCAUCGACCAGCUCUUCAAAGCCGCCGAUUUGAUCCAAUCGGGGAACAAUCCGAUACUCGCGCAAGGGAUAUUGGCGCGGCUCAAUCAUCAGCUCUCUCCAAUCGGUAAGCCAUUCGAUAGAGCUGCUUUCUAUUUUAAGGAAGCUCUUCAAUUACUCUUACAUUCAAUUCUCAACAACAUUCAUCCCCAAAUUACUCCCACUGCUUCCCCUUUUAGUUUAAUCUUCAAGAUCGGUGCUUACAAAUCCUUCUCAGAGAUUUCCCCUUUUCUUCAAUUCGCAAAUUUCACUUGUAAUCAAGCAUUACUCGAAUCCUUAAAUGGGUUUGAUCAGAUUCAUAUUAUCGACUUCGAUAUCGGAUAUGGUGGUCAAUGGGCUUCUCUUAUGCAAGAGCUUGCUUUACGUAACAAUGGCGUUUCAUCCUUAAAAAUCACAGCUUUUGCUUCCCCUUCCACCCAUGACCAGCUCGAACUCGGAUUAACCCGAGAGAAUUUGAUCCAUUUCGCAAGUGAAAUCCGUGUUGGAUUUGACUUUGAGAUAGUCAACAUUGAUGUUCUUGCUUCUUCUUCAUGGUCUUUACCCUUUCAUGUAUCUGAUACAGAAGCCAUAGCUGUGAAUCUACCCAUUCAUGUGUUUUCGAAUCACCAAACUCAAAUCCCUUCUGUUCUUCGAUUCGUCAAGAAUCUAUCUCCGAAAAUCGUGGUUUCGGUUGACCGAGGGUGUGAUCGAACCGAUUUACCGUUUUCUAAUCAUCUGAUUCAUGCCCUUCAAUCAUAUUCGAACCUACUUGAAUCGCUCAAUGCUGUGAACAUGAACCUAGACUCGUUGCAGAAGAUCGAACGCUUCUUGGUCCAACCUGCCAUCGAAAAGAUCGUUUUGGGUCGGUACCUUUUCCCUGAAAAGACUCAGCAUUGGCGAACCCUCUUCUUAUCCGCCGGAUUUUCGCCAUUGUUGUUCAGCAACUUCACCGAGAGUCAAGCCGAGUGCUUGGUCAAAAGGACCCCGGUUCGUGACUUUCACGUCGAGAAACGGCAAUCGUUGCUCGUUCUUUGCUGGCAACGCCGGGAGCUCGUGUCGGCUUCCGCUUGGAGAUGCUAAAGAUGUCGACCGAUCGAUCAAAAGGUGUUAACUUUUGGCGAAUUUUUAUUUACGUUCUAUGUUGCUAAUCGUUUCGGAUCCAAGAAAGAACAAGAUACACUAGUUGAUGUUCUUAGUACGUUGGAUGUGAUUAUGAAUGUAUUACUGUUGAUCUCGUUUUCGGGCUGUUUAUGGCAGCUAAAAAACAUUAAUCUCGAUUCUAAUUAUCUUUAGGUUAUGUCUUUCGUUGUUGUAAUCUUGACGGCAAAAUCGAAAUCAUUUCGAAUUGUGAAAAAA